UAUGCAGUAACCUAUCAAGAUUUGCAUAUCAACUUCACUCAGGAAGAGUGGGCUUUGCUAGAUCCUUCACAGAAGAAUCUUUACAAAGAUGUGAUGCUGGAGACCUAUAUGAACCUCAAGGCUAUAGGCUACAAAUGGGAAGAUGAUAAUAUCAAAGAACAUCACCAAAGUUCUCAAAGGCAUGCAAGACAUGAAAGUAGUUCAAAAGGAGAGAGGCCUUCUGCAUAUAUUCAAUGUCAUGAAUAUUUUGGAUAUGACAAUCAGCUUCUAAGUCAUGAAAGAGCACAGACCGGAGGGAAAAUCCAUGAAUGUAAUCAAUAUUGUAAAACAUACCUAC